CCCAUGUUUCCCCUGUUUCCCAUAUUUUCCCACAUUUCCCGCGUCUCCAGAAAAUAGUUGCCCACUUCUUCCCACUUUACCCAUGUUACAAAAGAAAACAGCCCACUUUAUCCCACUUUGUCCACAUUUGAACGGAAAACUGCCCACGUUUUUACCCACAUAUCCCAGGUCCAAAAAAAGUAACCAACUGGUUCUGUCACCGUAUGCUGUGAAAAAAAUUGCACAGAAUGUCUCAUCUGGACUGUAAAGACAUUGGUGAAGUUUUACAUGACAAUGAAGAAGACGUCGUCACUCCUUGGGAAGUAUCAACUAGCUCAAGCAGCGGUGUGGAUUAUGAUAAACUUAUUAUUCGUUUUGGUUGCUCGAAAAUCACCGAUGAUUUGCUUCUGCGACUCUCUAACGUUUGCCCACAACCACUUCACCACCUUUUGAAGCGUAAAAUCUUCUUUUCACAUAGGGACCUAGAACAGAUUAUUCUACGGAUUGAACAGAAAAAGCCAUUCUUCUUGUAUACUGGAAGAGGCCCGUCGUCCGAAUCCUUACAUCUUGGACAUGUCGUUCCUUUCAUAAUAAAUAAGUGGCUACAGGACGUUUUUAAUGUUCCCCUCGUUAUCCAGUUAACUGACGACGAAAAGUUUCUAUGGAAAAACUUAUCCAUCUCAGAAGUUCGCCAUCUGACUCGCGAAAAUGCAAAAGAUAUAAUUGCCAUGGGUUUCGACCCCAAAAAAACAUUUAUUUUCAGCGAUUUUGAGUACAUGGGAGCAUGCCCAGAUUUUUAUCGAACUGUUUGUCAAAUACAACGCUUAGUUACUUACAAUCAAGUUCGUGCAAUCUUUGGCUUUAAUGAUAGUGAUUGUAUUGGAAAAAUAUCUUUUCCAGCCGUGCAAGCAGCUCCUUCAUUUGCCCAGUCUUUCCCAUCUGUGUUUAAAAAUCUUAAGAAACCAGAGGAGGUGGGCUGUUUCAUCCCAUGUGCUAUUGAUCAAGAUCCAUACUUUAGAAUGACAAGAGAUGUUGCUCCUCGCCUUGGUCUGCCUAAACCAUCUCUUAUGUAUUCAGUAUUCUUUCCUGCCUUACAAGGAAAUCAGACAAAAAUGAGUGCGAGUAAUCCCAACACAUCAAUAUUUUUAACAGAUACACCAAAACAAAUAAAAAAUAAGAUCAAUAAAUAUGCUUAUUCUGGUGGCGGGGAUACAGUUGCUGAACAUAGAGAACGUGGCGGAAAUUGUGAUAUCGAUGUAUCUUUCCAGUACUUACGAUUCUUUCUAGAAGAUGAUAAUAAAUUAGAGCAAAUACGUCAGGAUUACUCGUGUGGCAAAAUGCUGACUGGUGAAUUGAAAAAGGAGCUAAUAGCGCUAUUAACUGAAUUUGUUGGUCAGCAUCAGAAGAGAAGAGCAACAGUCACAGAUGAAGUUCUCGAUAAAUUUAUGACUCCUCAUCCAUUAAAUCUUCCUUUUAUAUGAUGAACACAAUAUUUAUAUAUCUAUUUGUUGUGUAUUGAAUAUUACCCUAAUAAUAUGAAGUGUAACUUUUGUGAAUAAAUCUGUAUGGAAUAUAAUACCAGUGUAUGUGCGUGUGUU